CCUGCCAUCUAGCUACAGACCAGCCCACACCACACUUUGUUAUAACUGCCAGCAGGAUAGGGGGAGACGGCAGUAGAAGAGGAAGGUGAGGGCACUUGUGUAAUAGUGAGUGGUGGUGGACUGGGUGGAGGAUUCUUGCGCUCCUGUCGCAGUUCGGAAUUCAUAGUGCGCCUGCGCGUUGAUGGAGAGGAGGGCGGUGUCCGGCCCUGUGUUUUGAACGGCUCAAUGCGGCGAACUCACAAUUUGGCAGGAAGGUGAGGAGGCCUCUAUUCUGGUGGUAGAGCUCGUGUAGAGAGAGGGGGAUCCAAAUGUGGCAGAGGCAAGCAGGAGGCAGCAACGCUGACGGCGGAGGAGGACAAACGAGAGGAGCAGAGCAGCUGUUCCUGCUACUGCCGCAGAGAAGCUGAGUAGCCUGGUGAGGCAGGAGGGCUGCUGAGGCUGCAAUUCCGGCAGUCCUGGUCUGCUCGCCUGGCAGUCCCGACCUCCUAUUCCCCCGGCAGAGUAAUAUAAUUGAAAGUGCUUCUCCUAUAUUUGAGGAAGAACAAAUUGCUGGUUGGAUGGUGGAUUAAUAAGUAGUUGCCAUAUUACAAGAGUAAGAAGAUAUUUGGGGAUUUGGGAAGAACUGAAUUUUCACCCUAGUUCAGCAGCUUUGCUGCUCACUUAAACACAGAUGAAUGAAGACCCCAUUUGGAAAAUCACCAGGUCAGCGGUCCAGAGCUGAUGCAGGUCAUGCGGGAGUCUCUGCCAGCAUGAUGAAGAAAAGAACUUCCCACAAAAAGCAUAGAAACAAUGUGGGACCAAGCAAACCUAUUUCUCAGCCACGAAGAAACAUUGUAGGCUGCAGAAUACAGCAUGGCUGGAAAGAAGGGAGUGGACCUGUAACACAAUGGAAGGGCACAGUUCUUGAUCAAGUUCCUGUAAAUCCCUCUCUCUAUCUUAUAAAGUAUGAUGGAUUUGAUUGUGUGUAUGGACUAGAACUGCACAAAGAUGAAAGAGUUUCAGCACUUGAAGUCCUUCCAGACAGAGUUGCUUCAUCUCGAAUUAGCGAUGCCCACCUGGCAGACACAAUGAUUGGCAAAGCUGUGGAACAUAUGUUUGAGACAGAGGAUGGCUCAAAAGAUGAAUGGAGGGGGAUGGUCUUGGCUCGAGCUCCUAUUAUGAACACAUGGUUUUAUAUUACCUAUGAGAAAGAUCCUGUCUUGUACAUGUACCAGCUCUUAGAUGAUUAUAAAGAAGGUGACCUUCGCAUUAUGCCUGAUUCCAAUGAUUCACCUCCUGCAGAACGGGAACCAGGUGAAGUUGUGGACAGCCUGGUAGGCAAACAAGUGGAAUAUGCCAAAGAAGAUGGAUCAAAACGGACUGGCAUGGUCAUUCAUCAAGUUGAAGCCAAACCAUCUGUCUAUUUCAUCAAGUUUGAUGAUGAUUUCCAUAUUUAUGUCUAUGAUUUGGUGAAGACAUCCUAGACAUCAACAUGAACUUUUGCCAAAUUUGUGGAACUAUUAAAUGUAAAAUUUGUAGACACAAAGACUUGACUGCUUUUCAGUUAAAUGAAAGCUUAAAUGUCCCUGUGAAGCCACAGUCUCUGUCAUCAAAACUGUUGUGUUCUGAAUGAUACAAACAUUUAUGUGAACAUGAUCCGUUUUGCAUAAGAGAACUCCUUUUCUUGAAGGAAGUCAAUAUAUUUGGGUGGGAGGGAGUUAAAAGCAAAGAACAGCUGCAAAAUCAAGCUGUAUAAAGUCAAUCUAGUAUUGUAAUCUAUUUUUUUCAUAGAUUUUAACUUUCUUCAACGUUGCACUCACCUGUUCAACUGCCACAUGGAAGUAUAGUUUGGUAUUUUUGAUAUACCUUCUUUUGUAACAUUAAAUUUAAUUUCUUGGCUACUGACAGUCCUUUGUGUUCCGGGUUGAUACAGAAGUGACUUUCCUGAAAGGUUUGAAUGGUUUGUGCAGCAGUAAGGAGUGCCUAACGCAAGUAACAUCAAUCUACUGUGUUUCUACACUUUAUUUCACAUUAAGCUUUUUAAGAAUUUGCGGUACAUGGAAAUACUUGUGCAUUUUUAGUAGUCACAGGGCAGUUGAAUAUCAAUUGUUUGACUUAAGCACCUUUUAGUGUAAACGCUUUAAAGUAUAAAAAUAUAUUUAAUCUGUAUAACCAGUUAAUUAGAAAAUGCAGGUUAAUGGCCCAGUUUUUACAAGUUGUAGGAACCAGUAAAAUAGACACAAAAAAAAGCUGCCUUCAAUCCUAAAUGUUGUACUUUGUUUUGUUAAACACGUUUCUUAGCAAAACCCAAGCAUUUGGUGCCACAAGUUUAACAGUAUAUAUACUACUUAAGAAGACUUUAGACUAUGCAUUGGCAAUCAGUAGUCUCUCAUUUAAUAUCAGAACCUAGCAAACUGGAUAUUUGUGUGUGGAUUUAGAAGCCUAAGAGUAGUUAAUCUUUUACAUGGUAAAUACAAUCUUGGGGGUGGGGGUGGGGCCCUUUUACAUUGAAGACCUCCUUUAGAGAAGAAGUGUUUGUUGCCUUCUGCUCAGUCUUCUGUAUUUCUUUCCUUUGCUUUGCUUUUUUUUUUAUUUCAUUUUUCUUUUGUUCUUAACCAUCUUGGUUCAAGAAGGCAUGUUCCCAAUUUAUUGCUUUUUCUGGCUUUUCCAUGUAAGAAGUGACCAGACAAAUCUACAGCUUAAACCCAUUGUUGCCUUUGGUGGUGUACUUGCUUAGAGGUAUGCUAUUAAUAUGAAUUUCAUUCUAUGAACACUAGAAUUCUGCAUGCCAGUGGUGUACUAUCUAAUGGAAGCUAUAGGCAGUCUCAGUGGUUCAGUCAUCUGCAUUAGAUUGUGGAUGUAAAUAGCAGCCCACAACAGACAAAUCCUUCCACAGUUUUAAUCUUGCAAGUUGGUUCUAAAUCAAGGUUACGUUGUUGUUGUUGUUUAAGUGUAGCAGCUUUUAAAAGUUACAGAGCUGCAACAAGGAUAAGCACAGCAGCAAAAUUAUCAUGCUUACAUUAAAGCAGAGCUCUACAAGGUUCAAAGUACAGCUUUACAGAAAUACAGUACGUGAGGACAGUCAACACUGUUGAUGGAAAGAAGGAAUACAUAGAUAUCCAACCUUAUGCAGUCAGUGGAAGGAUGCAGGAGAGGUGCUGUUAAUCAGAGAUCUGACCUUUAUUGUGGGUAUCCUUGAUAUCAAGAACUAAGUGGUUUAAGACCCCUUCUGUCCUUUUCUUUGCCUGAUUUCAUAUUUUAGCCUUAAGGCCUGUGCCUCAUUAUGCUGUUUAAUGGUAAUACCAUAUAAAUAUACCUUAAUCCUUUGUCCCUUGCUACUAUAUUGCAUUCUGUCCAGUAUUUCAUCAUGGGCAACCAAAGGCAGACUAUUGUCUUUCAGUUCACAGCUUCUCAAUCUAGUACUUAAGCACUAAGUACCUGAGUCAUAAAUUUUCCUUGUGUUUUGAACAGUGAGCAGAUUUGCAACACAGUGCUUUCAUCCUGCAGAUCUGUUAUGUGCUUUCUAUUGACUCUUACGAGUCCUGCAUGUAAAUCUUAAAGCUGAGCCUGGCUCCAUGAGCCCCAGUUGAUAUUUGUGGCACAAGAAUGAGUGAGUGUAUUGAUUACAAACAAGAUACAUGAAUAACUUAGUACAAUGAAUUUUGGGCUAUACUUCUAAGGAAUACAAGGUUUGUUUUGAAAUAGCUGAGGUUUACUGGAACACUUUUAGCAUUAAGCUUACAUGUGUGGGUUUUAUGCAAGACACUCUAAUACAACACGUAUUUUGCUAAUUAGAAUAUAAUCUCUGAACUGUCAAAUUUAUGGCAGUUUUUAGAUGUCAUUGCUGUCUGUUGCAUGAUUUUUUCUUUUAAUCUUUUUUCUUAAUUUUGUUAUUGUUGUUAGGUUGUGGUUUUUUGUUGUUUUGUUUAUUUUCUAUAGCUUAAACCACCUUUUUGUGGCUUGAGACUAAUUCCACUCCCUGCCAUCUGCUUUGGGCUUUGUUUUAGGCUCAUGUUUCAGAUCUGCAUGCAGUGCUUUCAUUAACCUGGUAACUAUAUGUUGGUCCCUUGUUCUAGGGGUGCAACAUUACUUUCCAAAUUUAUCAUAGGGCUUGUGAUGGCACAAGACAUGGAUCUUUGUAUAAAAGUUAUUGGCCUCUCUCAUUUACCUGCUGUAGUAUUGUUAUGUAUUUUGUGUGUGUGUGUGUGUGUGAUGUCAAGCUGCCAAUUAAAACUUUUAAAAAGGAAAAAAAAACUUAAAACCAGGCCAUCUUUUUUUUUUUUUGCAUGCUUAGAAUGUUAGAACGUUCAAUGUAACAAACUGAAUUUGCAUGUUAUAAUGUUUAGGUUUGGGUUUUGUUCUUUUUUUUGUGUGUGUGUUCAGUUUUUUGUGAAUUUGCUUAUUGUGCUGUUUUAAUGGUUGUUAGUAGGAUUAAAUGCGCUGGUGAGGCGAGCAUGGUGCCAACAGAAGGUAAUUUUCCAGUUGUAUGUGUCAUACAGCAUUUGAAGGGACCAUGUAUUCUGUUCAAGAACAAAUAAAAUCACAAUUGAUUAGUAAAACACUACAUUUUUUUCUUUUGAAUGCCAAACCCUAAAAUAAGUUGGACUACAUGAAGACUAAAAUACUUUGGGGAAAAUCCUAUUUAUUGCAAUAGGCAUAAGCCUUCUUUAAAUGAAUUAUUUAAAAAGGGAGGCUUUAUCUUCAGACAGAAUAUAUUACAGAUGAUUCAGGGAAAAAUUAUGGUAAAAGCAGUUUUGGGUUCCUUAAAAAUGCUGUGCUGUUUGUAUUUUACAUCUUUCAUUAGUGCAAUUUGGAUGGUUCUUGGUAUGUGUAUAGUUCAGAGGUCUUUGUAUUCACAUUUUAAAAUUAGGUAAUGACUUCAUCUUUAGAGCUCGGUUUCAUUAUUUUUAUUUUAUUUUGAACAAUGUAGACAGUUCCCUGUUUUCUGCAUUUAGAAGUAUGAACACUUUAAAUCUGUUACUUAAUUCUGUAAGUAAUUUUUAUAAUUAUGAUGUAACUCUAUCCUUAAAACAUUUAAAAUAAAUCCUUUAUGUGCAACUCAUGACUGUAAAUUUUGUUCUCAUGAGCAAAAUGUAGUGAUGUGACUUCAGACUGUGAAAAAGCAGUUCCUUCAUUAUUUUUUUUAAAUUUAAUUAAAAACAACUUAGUAUUUUAAUGUUGAGCCAUGUAUGCUGGUAUAACACUUUCCCCUAUGAAAUAAGUUUGCUUGCUUAGCCAUUUUUUUUUUUGUCAAGUAAGUAGGAACAUUGAUAAGAUGGAAUUCAACUGAGGUAAAGCAUAAUGUUUAAACUGUAUUUCACCAAAGGCAGAAAGAUUCCUCUUCAGGUGGUUAUGUAAGUCCAUGAGGGAGCCUCUAUUUCCAGAACGCAGUAUAGCUCAAACUGUUAGCAGUAGUUCAGCAGUGGGGUACAGUAGAAGUGUUUGUCAGUGUUUAACUGAUACUGUUACCAUAAAAGUCAGUCAAAGAAACUCUCUAAGACUCAAUUUGGAGUUUUAAAAUGCAGGCAUUCUUUAAUUGCAGUGCUGGAAGCACAGGGGAUCACUCCACCUAGUGUGCAUGCCGAAUUGUUCAAGCUACAGGGGUUAUAUACAGUCAAAACAUACAUAUUCAUUGGAUUUCCAAUAAAUAGUUAACAUAUUCAUGCUAUUUACUGGAAUUCAUUAAAAUAUGUAAAUGUCUCUGACGUACAUGUCUCAUUCCACUGGUGGUCUUUUGGGGGGGUCUCUGGUGGUUGUCAGUAGUCUUCCUCACUAUGUUCGCUGGGUUCACAAGAACCCAGUUCUUCCAUGUGCUCAGAUCAUCAGAUUAUUUCUUAUCUUGUUUAAAUUUAGGCAUGCAUAAUAAGCUAAGUCAUUUAUGUAUCCAAGGACCUAUGUAUACCAUGAGUUCCUCACCUAUUCUUUUCAGACACAUCCUCCAGGCCUGGGUUACCUUGCUCUAUUCCCCCAUACUUAUACAAUUAUGUAUGGUCUUACAGAUAAGGCUGACUAAUUAGUGAGUAAGGUAGCAUCAGAAAUACAAAGUUUCUAGUAUUCCUUCUAUCUAACUAAACAUAGAAGAGGUUUGGGCUGUCUGUUCAUAAAACAUUUCAGAUUUGGUUCUAUUAUUCUACCACGGAGAGAACCAUAUAUCCUUCUGACUCGGUAUCAAUUCCUUUUCUUUUGAGGCUUUGUAGUGAGCAAACUACAACCCUCAUCAUAUUAGAGCAACAACUACAACCUAACACUGUACCAUCUUACAGGUGUUUAUACACACAGUUAUAGAAAGGUGAUCAAAAUACUUCUUGUAUUCAAGACUAAUGUCCUUUCUAGUAGAUUAACUUUGAACAGCAGAUGCAGAUACGUUAUACCAAUACAUAUACGCAAACUAAAAGAAUCAUUAGCAUAAUUAUUACAACUAAAAUUUUCUUCACCCAUAAUUUUAAAUCAGGAAACCAGGAUGUCAUCCAAUUCCAUAUUUUAAAAAUUCCAAAUGAUGUGUCAUUCUGUUGAACCUCAUGUAGGAUUUUGGUCUGCUUCCAAAUUUCAUUCAAGUCUUGUCAUAAUUUUUCCUGUCUGAUCCAAAUACACACGCCUACUUGUAUUAAGGACUGUACACACGCCUCCCUUGUGAGGCUAAAAGCAUAUCCAUAGCCAUUCUGUCCUGUAAAGAAAUUUCUGCUAAUCUCUCGUUAUAAAGCCAAUAUUGCAUCUGU